GCAGUCUGUAUUUCACCGAGCGCGGAGCUUAUUGAAAAACUGGCCAACUGGCUACUGGAGAAGAAUCUUCGGCCUGUAGAGCUCUCGCGUCAGCUAACGGGCAAUACCGAGCACAGGGGUGUCUUCCCAGUCAUUUUGGAUGGCCGUCUGGUGGGUUGGUCGCCGUCAGUGGAGGCGGCCGAAGAGCUGGCCACAGAAUUGCGCCACCUGAAGUUGGAACAGUCCUGCAGCCAGGUGCCCUCCACCAUGGAAAUCUGCUUC